AUGCGAAUCGAUGACGUUUCUACGCCAUCACGUGCUUUAGCGAAAAAGAAGAAGUACUUCUCUGAAAAACAGAAUAAUAAGAACAUCUUCAAGAAAUUGCUACAUCCAUCCUAUCAUGAGCGAUCUGCCCAAUAUCGCCGCCUCUUUGGAGGAAAAAUUGGUCCCGAACCGGACGAUACAAGAGUUCACUGUCACGUCCUGCCAAAUAUCACCGCGUACAUUGUGUAA